AUGUAUGCAUGCACCAUGGCGGGAGGAGCAGCGCAAGGGGGCGAUAGUGGAGGCACUCACGCAUUUGGCGGUGCUCCUAGCCAAUGCUGUGAUCCUCUUGUGCUGCUUGCGGUGUGCUGCUUGCGGUGUGCUGCUCAUGCUGUCCUUUCUUUCUUGCCAUGCACUUGUGACAUGCUCGUAUGGCAGGAGGAGCAGCGCAAGGGGGCGAUAGUGGAGGCACUCACGCAUUUGUCGGUGCUCUCGGCCAAUGCUGAGGAGCAGCGCAAGGGGGCGAUAGUGGAGGCACUCACGCACUUCUCGGUGCUCUCAGCCAAUGCCAUGGCGACAGGUGUCACCACCACGCGCAUGCGCCUGCAGCUCAUGAAAAAAUAUUCACAAGUGCAGGAUGUGAACCCAUCAGAACCGCCCACAAUCCAUCCCGACCUACUCCAUUACAUUGUCACACACGACCCCCGCCUCUCCCCCUCCCCCUCCACCCGCCCCUCCACCUCCUCCCCCCCCAACGCCUCCUCCCCCCCCAACGCCUCCUCCCCGCCCCUCUCCCCCUCCUCCUCCGCCUCCCCCCCCAACACUCCCCCACCUCACUCCCUCACUCACUCUCGCUCGCUGGCGGAUGGGCGGACAAGGGGGAGGAUGGGGGGAGAGGAGGGAGAAGUAGAAGAGGAGGGACGAAGGGAAGAGGAGGGAGGAGGGGAGCGGGAGGAGGGCACAGACGGAGGAGGGGGAGGGGAGGGGGGUGUUGAGGAGGGUUUAUCAGUGGGAUCGGAUAUGGAAAUAGAUGGGAUGGUAGUGGAGGAGGGAGAUGGGGAGGGUGGAAGGUUGGGAAGGGAGGACGAAGAUGAUGAGGAAGAGGAGGCGAUGGGGUGGGGUGGUACAAUCAGGCGAUCACCGUCAAACCCUCUCCUUUGA